GCAUGCGCGACAGCGUGACCACGCGUUCAAUAAGGAAGUAGAGCGAUUAUAAACAUAAACAUUAAUCCAAACAGCUGAUUCCGUGUCAUCAGAUCCACAGAAGCCGUCGAGCGCUUCAGACCCAUUCCAGAGCACUGCGUGCGUCACACAUCCAGCAAAACCAGGAAUCAUGUCCCAGAGAUCCAAGAUGUUCCUCAGUGGCGUAGUCGAGGGGUUUUAUGGGAGGCCGUGGACUAUGAGCCAGAGGAAGGAGCUCUUCAGGAGGGAGCAGAAAUGGGGGUUGAUUGAGUAUCUUUUCUAUCCAACGCCCCAAAAGAUGAUUGGAUUGUGUCUUCCAGAGCAGCUGAUGACGCUGAUCUCCGCCGCUAGGGAGCGUGACGUGGAGUUCAUCUAUGCCAUCUCUCCAGGGCUGGACAUCACCUUCUCGAACCCUAAAGAGGUGGCGGCGCUCAAGAGGAAGCUCAGCCAGGUGUGUGGGCUCGGCUGCCGGUCGUUCGCGCUGCUGUUUGACGACAUCGAGACGGAAAUGUGUCCGGCUGAUAAAGAGGCGUUCAGCUCGUUUGCUGAAGCUCAGGUGUCUGUCACUAACGAGCUGUUUCUGCACCUGGACGAGCCACACACCUUCCUCUUCUGUCCCACCGCGCUUGAUUGUUUCCGUACUCCUAGUGUGCCGCAGUCUGCGUAUCUGAAGACGGUCGGUGAGAAACUCAAUGCUGGGAUCGACAUCCUCUGGACAGGACCGAAGGUGGUUUGUGUGCAAGUAAGUGUGUGUUGUGUAUAUGGGGUGUGUGCUGUCCUGAGGAGACCGCCGGUCAUCUGGGACAACAUCCACGCUAACGACUACGACCCGCAGAGAAUGUUCCUGGGACCCUUCAAGAACCGGCCCACCGAGCUCCUCCCCAAACUCAGAGGCGUCCUCACCAACCCCAACUGUGAAUUUGAGCUUAAUUUCGUGGCCGUUCACACGCUGGCCACGUGGUGCAGCUACGGACAGAAAGACGUCUCUAUGGAUGGAGACGAUCAGGGCUCGGACUACAACCCCCAUGAGGCUCUGCGGCUGGCGCUCUCUGAUUGGCUGGUUGAGUUCGGCAGAGCUGAUCAACCUGAUGGUAAAUAAAUGAAUAUGACCCUACAUUUGGGUUACGCUCACAUGGAACCAGGAAACCCUCUGUACACCGCUGUAGCCGCUGACUCUGACGACUUGACGAUGCUGUCGAGCUUUUCUCUGCCGUACGAACACGGAGCCACGGCCGUCCUCAUGCUGCAGGAGCUGCAGUGGCUGCGCAGAGAGGAUUCAGAGCGGGGGAAGGAGGAAUGGCGGCGGAGAGCGGAGAAGUUUGACGACAUGUGCGCCGCGGUAGUGCAGAUGUUCAACAGACUGUCCAAUGUUCCCAACCGGAUCAUCCUGUACGACCUCUACAACUACAUCUGUGACAUCAAGAGCGGCGUCACCAUGGCCAAAGCCUACGUCAAGACUCUGAGAGGUCAGUCGCCUCACUCCGCUCUCGCUCUGACCGAUGAUCCCGAGCCCUGGGGCUUCAGAGGAGGACUGUCCGGAGAAUUCCAGCGGAUGCUGCCGUCUCACGGGAUCCGUGACCUGUUCCGCAGCCCUCCGGCCACACGCGUGUACACCAUACGACCCUGCACUCCUAGAGACCAGCCGGAGGUGCUGAAGAUCUUCAAGGAGAUGCAGAUGGAGACGCAGCAGAAGGUGGAGCUGGUUGGUGACCGGCUGGUGGAGGGUCACGUCACGCCGUCACAGAGCUGCAGUCUGAUCCUAGACGACGCGGCUGGAGUCUGUGGCUACGCGUUCGCCCUCAGCGACGCCAAGACAGCCAUGACUAAAGCUCAGUAUCCAGAGACGAUGCUGCAGGAUUUCCCGUCGGUCAUGGCCAUUCAGAUCCACUCCAGAGUUCCUGACCACAGCACAGCCAGGCGUCUGAUUGAGCAGAUGGCUGUAAGUGCUGAUUUAUUCUGGUCUAAAGGAGUUUUCAGCGAGUUCAGAUCCAACGACAGACGAAUGUUCGACUUCCUAAAGACGCUGGAUGUGUUUCAGGUGCUGAAAGUCGACGGGCUUCCGACCAACCUGGUCAUCAUGGGAACUAAACUCUGACACAAUCUGUGCAUUUACGUUUCAGAAUCCAUUCUGUGAUUAAAUCCAUGAUUUGGUU